GCGCCCAGCCUAAGUAUGCCUCAGCCCGACGAAAAAGGAAAGACUCCCCACAUCAUCCUGAAGAACCUUAUGGCCGGCGGCGUCGCUGGAAUGUGCUCGAAAACAGCAGUGGCACCGUUAGAUAGGAUAAAAAUUUUAUUACAAGCGCAGCACAAGCAUUAUAGACAUCUAGGCGUUUUCUCAGGACUAAAGCACAUCAUACAAAGUGAAGGUUUCUGUGCUCUGUACAAAGGCAAUUUUGUUCAAAUGAUCAGGGUGGUUCCGUAUGCGGCAGGGCAAUUUACAGCGUAUGAAAUGUACAAAAAGCAUUUAGGAGGAUCGUUCGGGCAACAUUCACAUAUAGAUCGGUUUCUGGCUGGAGCUGCCGGAGGUGUUACAGCAGCUACGAUCACGUAUCCACUGGAUAUGAUUAGAGCGAGACUAGCCUUUCUUAGCAACGGUGACACAAUUUACACUGGGAUAUCCGACGUAGCUAUUAAGAUUUUUCGACAGGAAGGUGGUUUUCGCGCGUUAUAUAGAGGAUACCUGCCGAAUGUGAUAGCGAUGGUACCGUACGCCGGAUUGUCCUUCUACACGUACGAGAAACUGAAAUAUCUGUGCAUGAAACGCGCGUCGAAUUACUUUUGCUCCAAGAGAGAAGCGAAUACCGGCGGCCUCGUAUUGAAUGUAUUCGCGAAACUCCUAUGCGGAGGCGUCGCCGGUGCCGUGGCGCAUACAGUCUCUUACCCAUUAGACGUCACUAAGAGGCGCAUGCAAUUAGCUAUGAUGCAUCCAGCCACAUAUAAGUAUGGAUCGGGAAUGUGGUCGACUAUGCGCAUGAUAUACAUUGAAGACGGCGUUAUGAGAGGUUUAUAUCGUGGAAUGACUGUCAAUUUCUUACGAUCUGUUCCUUUCGUAGCUGUCGGUUUUACGUCGUACGAGAUAAUGAGGCAGAUGUUGGAUUUAGACACGGGAAUGAAAGUGUAAUUUAGAAGAAACAUAAAUGUAACUGCCCUUUGUAAAUAAAGCAAAUAAAUUUACAUGCAUGUAUACGUAUGAGUUAUACAUGAAUGUCAAAUUUAUUUGCAUUAAAAUUUAUAAUAUAUUUCCGCACUUCAACUUUUUUAAUAUUGACAUUGGACUGUA